UUAGAUUUUGGUCAAUGGAAUUCCAAUGUGAUUCUGGCUGUCGCUCGUGAAGUGCCUCUGUCCGAGGUGCUGAAAUGUCACAUGACGCCUCUUCUUCAUUCACUGCAAUACAGUGAGCUCCUGAUUCUGUUCACACUUUCCAACAGAACUGAAAUCCACCCGGCGUAUUAUUCUCCUUGGUUCUACUUUACACAUGGAGCGGAAGACGUGAAUUGUCCAGAAAUGCGGGAUCUAGAACUGAAACCAAUAAAAGGCUCAGAUUUUGGAUUGUAGAUUUUAUUAUUUUUUACAGAGACAGCAGCGUGAGUGCAGUGAAUGGGUGUACAGCAGAUUAGUGGUCCUGCCGAUUAAGACUGCACAGCUUUUUGGAGUCUGGUUGGGACUGAGAAGAUGUAAGGAUCAACAAGCUCUCCUCUUGGCUUUGAAACAACCAUGCAGAAAGGAAUUCGACUCAAUGAUGGCCAUGUUACCUACCUGGGUAUUUUGGCGAAAAAAGAUGGCACUAGACGAGGGUAUUUGAGCAAGAAGAGCUCCGACAACACAAAAUGGCAUACCAAGUGGUUCGCUUUGCUGCAGAAUAUGUUGUUUUAUUUUGAGAACGACUCCAGCUCCAGACCCGCGGGAUUGUAUCUGUUGGAAGGAUGCGCUUGUGACAGAGCCCCCUCUCCUAAACCUUCUCUGUCAGCCAAGGAAUGUUUAGAGAAGCAGUACUACUUCACUGUUAACUUCAACCACGACAACCAGAAGGCCCUGGAGCUGAAGACAGAGGAUGUCAAAGAUUGUGACGAAUGGGUGGCAGCAAUAACACAUGCAAGCUACAGGAACCUUGCGACGGAGCAUGAGUCGCUCAUGCAGAAGUACCUCCAUUUGCUGCAGAUUGUAGAGACAGAGAAAACAGUUGCUAAGCAACUACGACAACAGAUAGAAGAUGGGGAAAUAGAGGUUGAACGCCUGAAAGCCGAGAUUGGAGGUUUGCUCAAAGACAACGAGCGCAUUCAGUCUGACCCGACUACUGCACCCAGCGACGAUGACUCUGACAUCAAGAAAAUCAAAAAGGUACAGAGUUUCCUCCGGGGCUGGAUGUGUCGGAGGAAGUGGAAGACAAUCAUUCAGGACUACAUCAGGUCUCCCCACGCCGAGAGCAUGAGGAAGAGGAACCAGGUGGUGUUCAGCAUGCUGGAGGCAGAGGCUGAGUACGUUCAGCAGCUGCACAUCCUGGUCAACAACUUCCUGCGGCCGCUGCGUAUGGCUGCCAGCUCCAAGAAACCUUCCAUCACCCACGACGACGUCAGCAGCAUAUUCCUGAACAGUGAAACAAUCAUGUUUUUGCACCAGAUAUUUUACCAAGGACUAAAAGCAAGAAUAGCAAGCUGGCCAACGCUAGUACUAGCUGACCUCUUUGACAUCCUGCUGCCCAUGCUGAAUAUUUACCAGGAGUUUGUGAGGAACCACCAGUACAGCCUGCAGAUCCUGGCACACUGCAAGCAGAACCGAGACUUCGACAAGCUGCUCAAGCAAUACGAGGCCAAGCCCGACUGUGAGGAAAGGACUCUGGAAACCUUCCUGACCUACCCUAUGUUUCAGAUCCCCAGGUACAUCCUGACGCUGCACGAGCUCCUGGCUCACACCCCGCAUGAGCAUGUGGAGAGGAACAGCCUGGAGUAUGCCAAGUCUAAGCUGGAGGAGCUCUCAAGAAUCAUGCAUGACGAAGUGAGCGAGACGGAAAACAUCCGGAAGAACCUGGCCAUCGAGCGAAUGAUCGUGGAAGGGUGCGAGAUCCUCCUCGAUACCAGUCAGACCUUUGUCAGACAAGGUUCUCUCAUCCAAAUACCAAUGAGUGAAAAGGGGAAAAUCACCAGAGGGAGGCUGGGGUCCCUGUCUCUCAAGAAGGAAGGGGAAAGGCAGUGCUUUCUGUUCUCCAAACAUUUAAUCAUCUGUACCAGAGGAUCGGGAGGGAAACUCCAUUUAACAAAGAACGGAGUGAUGUCACUCAUUGACUGCACCUUGAUGGAGGAGCCAGAGGGCACCGAUGAGGAGUCAAAACCAGACAAAUCCGGACAAGACAUGGAGCACUUGGACUUCAAAAUCGUUGUCGAACCAAAAGACACGCAGUCGUUCACUGUCAUCCUGGUGGCGUCCUCACGUCAAGAGAAAUCCGCGUGGACAAGCGAUAUCAGCCAGUGCAUAGACAAUAUCAGAUGCAAUGGUUUGAUGAUGAAUGCAUUCGAAGAAAACUCAAAAGUGACAGUUCCACAGAUGAUCAAGUCCGACACCAGCCUGUACUGUGAUGACGUUGACAUUCGCUUCAGCAAGAUGAUGAACUCCUGCAAGGUCCUGCAGAUCCGCUAUGCAAGCGUGGAGCGGCUUCUGGAGAGACUGACAGACCUGAGGUUUCUCAGUAUAGACUUUCUCAACACCUUCCUGCAUUCAUACAGGGUGUUCACCACAGCCGAAGUGGUGCUGGACAAGCUCAUCACCAUUUACAAAAAACCUAUCAGUGCAAUACCUGCAAGGUCUCUGGAGCUGUUUUUCGCAAGCAGUCAAAACAAUAAGCUUCUGUAUGGAGAGCCUCCGAAGUCCCCAAGGGCCAGCCGCAAGUUCUCCUCCCCUCCCCCUCUGUCCAUCACCAAGUCAUCGUCCCCCAACCGCCAGAGGAAACUCUCCCUGAACAUCCCCAUCAUCACCGGAGGCAAGGCGCUGGAUCUGGCUGCCCUGAGCUGCUCCUCCAAUGGCUAUGCAAGCAUGUACUCUUCCAUGUCCCCAUUCAGCAAGACCAGCUUGGACAUCAACAAGCUGUACGUGUCCAGCUCCAUCCCCAGCAAGAUCCUCGAUGAAGCUGAAACCAAAACGGACAAGCCAGACGAGCCUUCCUCCAAUAAGCAAGAAGUAUCGGUCAGAGAAGAAUGUGACAAUGACCCAAUCCAGAGUGACGAAGCUGAAACAGAGACGUCACCAACAAAGUCUCCGACAACUCCCAAAAACGUGAAAUGCAAAAACUCUUCAGACUUCUCCUUGUUUUCCUAUAACAAUGGCGUGGUGGUGACAUCCUGCCGAGAGCUUGACAACAAUCGCAGUGCGCUGUCGGCUGCCUCUGCUUUCGCCAUAGCAACAGCGGGGGCCAAUGAAGGCACGCCCACCAAGGAAAAAUACAGGAGGAUGUCACUGGCAACUACAGGGUACCCCACUGAUCAGAGGAACGGGGACAAAGAGUUUGUGAUCAGGAGAGCUGCGACGAACCGAGUCCUGAACGUUCUGCGACACUGGGUCUCCAAACAUGCACAGGACUUUGAAUCCAACGGUGAAUUGAAGUUUAAGGUGAUCAGCUUCCUGGAGGAGGUGAUUCACGACCCCGAGCUUCUGACCCAGGAGAGGAAAGCAGCUGCCAACAUCAUCAGAACUUUAACUCAAGAAGACCCCGGAGACAAUCAAAUAACCCUGGAGGAGAUUGUGCAGAUGGCGGAAGGUGUUCAAUCUGAACCGUUUGAUAACCACUCUGCCCUGGAGGUCGCUGAGCAGCUGACCCUGCUGGACCACCUCGUUUUCAAGGGAAUCCCGUACGAGGAGUUUUUUGGUCAAGGUUGGAUGAAGCCUGAUAAAAACGAGAGGACUCCCUACAUUAUGAAAACCACCAAACACUUCAAUCAUAUCAGCAACUUGAUAGCCUCAGAGAUUCUGCGGUCGGAAGACGUGAACGUGCGUGUGACAGCGGUGGAAAAGUGGGUGGCCGUGGCUGAUAUCUGCCGCUGUCUGCACAACUACAAUGCUGUGCUGGAGAUCACCUCCUCGCUGAACCGCAGCGCCAUCUUCAGGCUGAAGAAAACCUGGCUCAAAGUCUCCAAGCAGACAAAAGCUCUGAUUGACAAGUUACAGAAGCUGGUCUCAUCCGAGGGCAGGUUUAAGAACCUCCGAGAGGCUUUGAAAAAUUGUGAUCCUCCGUGUGUGCCGUACCUGGGCAUGUACCUGACAGACCUGGCCUUCAUCGAGGAGGGCACACCCAACUACACUGAGGACGGGCUGGUCAACUUCUCCAAAAUGAGGAUGAUCUCCCAUAUUAUUAGAGAAAUCAGGCAGUUCCAGCAGACAGCCUACAAAGUUGAACACCAGCCCAAGACAACAGAGUAUUUGCUGGACAAUAGUGCUGUGCUGGAUGAAGAAAGUCUUUAUGAAGCCUCUCUGAGAAUAGAGCCCAAAUUGCCUACCUGAAGGGAGGACAGAUGAUAUCCCCACGGCUAACCAACUGUACAAAUACUAUAUGAUAUGUACAUAAUCUAUUAUUUGCAUUAGACAGCUUAGAUAUAUCCUUCUAGUAGGUGUUUCUGCAAGGAGCGGUGUUAUUAGAAGUAAACUAGAAGUCUAACACAAACUUUAUAUGUAUGGGUACAGAGAUUUUGGGGGAAAAAUACACUUCAAAGCUUAUUUGUUCUUUACUGUUGUUUUGUCUGCAUUGAUCAUAUAUUAUCUAGUUCUUUUCUACAAUAAUAAAACCAGGCUACCAGGUGAAAGGAAAAUGGCAAACGGUGUUACUGAGUCUCCAACCUUACACUUUUAACAGUCCUUCGGGGCUUGGCAUGUGUAAAGGUGUAUUUAAUACUAAACCAUUCAGAGAUGAGGUUUCAAACUCUUUUUUAAACGUCUUUCUAUAGAUGAAAUCCAGAACUUCCAGUAAGAUUCGAAGGAGACCACCAGGUGGAACACACGGCCCGUUAACUAGGGAGAAUCAGGGAGGAUUUACUUGUUCGUUUCAUUUGCUCCUCACAAACGUUGCAGAAAUAUAGGAUUUUUUCUUCUUUUUUUUUUUAAAGAGUGAAGUUGAGAAGUUGUAUGAAUGGUUAUCUGAAAGAUCAUCCAGAGAGGUCAAUCCAAGGCUAUUUAAAGGCAUUCACAGCUUGAUGUAAUCAGAUGCAAGCACAGAAUUGAGACAGCAGUAUAUGAACUAUAAUCAUUUCCACCAUGAAUAGAAUCCCACUGAAUAAAAACAAUAUUUUGAUGGUCCCUGGAAUAUUAAAGAAGCUGUAUGUGACCCUGACCUGACCUGUACAACAUGGGAGGGGGUCUAUAAUCAUAUCAUUCAACUGCAUUGAUAAUGUAUUACAAAGAAGGGGGGGAAAGACUUUGUGGAGGGAAUGGCUAAAGACGCAGCAUUUCUUGUUUUGGCAAUAAUUACGUUUCUGAAUGUUGACGAAUUCAAUAUUUUAUUGUGUUUUGGAGAAAAACAAUCAGAAACAGCAACUCUUUCAGUAACUUUGCCACUGUAUGCCAUUUGGUUAUUUAUUUGCUAUGUAUUUAUUAGUUGAUUUAUUGUUGUUCCCUGGUGCUGUUUCAGCAGAGCACAGUCAAAUGUGUUGAUAAAUGGUAAGGUUAAUUAAGGAGCGAAGUGUUCAGAAAGGUAUCGAGCUGUUCUAUCUGUGUAAGUGAAUCUACUGAGAAGCAUUGUAGUCAUAGCAACUCUAUUCUUCCUGCUGUGCCAAUGACCAGGAAUGAGUAUGACCAAAUCUGUUGAACUAGCUGAAAAGAAAUGGGGCAGAGCUUUGCAGCUUGCACAAUUUAUAAAGGUAUUUUUGUAAAGAGUUUUAGCAGAAGGGAUACUGCAUCUUUGAGAACAUAUGAAUAUAUGGGAAAAUGUGUAUUUUGUAGAAACUUUAACAAUUCUCCUGAAGGGCGUGCAUGCUGUAUAUUUUCUACAUGCAGCCUUAUCUAUUACUUAAUGUGUAACAUUGUAAAGCACUUUCAUUACAGCAGUAUAACCUAGUAACAAGCUGACUUGACUAAAUGGCUAAACAAUGUGUGAUAUUUAGUACCACAACUUUAGAAAUAGAAAACAACUUGAAAGUCCUUUACAUAUACUGUAAUCCUGUCUAGAAUCACUCUUCCAGCAGGACUAUGGUAAUGUAGUGCUUAUUCUGUGAAUAUCUGUAUGUAUUUUUACCAUGUACAGUAUAGAAACACACUAAACUAUUAAGAGGCAGGCAUGCUCCACUAUAUCAAACCGAAAAAAAAAAAUAUAUAACAAAAAAAUAUGUAUACACUUUUUUUGCUGUGAGCAAUACCCAGUGGUAUGAGAAUUCUCUUUCAGUCCUGAAGUUUAUUUCCACUUACAGCUCUUUGGAAAAUACUUUUCUUUUCCAGUUUUUGUAUAAAUAUGUAUGUUUCCUGAUUACCUCUUGCUAAUAAAUCUAUUCUAUCUCAGGGUGACAAGUGUUUUUCUGAGUGUUUAUUGUAACAGGCUACUCAGAGGUAUACAUACAGAGGUGCUUCUUCACUGCGCUGCAGCGUGGACUCACACAUCUGGACGCUUUCUGCUUGUUCCAGGGGAACAGGUUUCUGCAGCGGCUCAAUGUGAGCAGACAAGAGGAACAAGACUUUCCAGGAAAGGAAGGUGGAACGGUUCAACCGAUCACAUUGGCUUCACCGGUGACCAGAAGAAAGAUUGCUAGUGUUGAUAAGCAAG